AUGAGAGGAGCCAAAGAGAAUAUAACCACUACGUUUAAAGAGGCCUUGUGCUACGUUUGCAAUGUUAAAAUGAUUCCCCUAAAAGAUAAUCAGGAUGUGGCAUCGUUCCUAGUAACAAAACAUUCAUGGAAGGGCAAGUACAAGCGUGUAUUUUCAGUGGGCACGCAUGGGAUUACUACUUAUAAUCCGGACCGCUUGGAGGUCACCAACAAGUGGCUCUAUGCUGACAUAGUUAAAUUGGUAUCAGCAAAACACUCCAACUCCACUCUUAACCAUGAUUUCACACUUAUAAUGAAGAAGGAUAAAAAAGUGGACUCAAUGAGGUUUUCAUCGGAACACAAAUGUCUGAUAGUAACUGAAGCUUUUAAGUACAGACAUCUUUUUGCAGAAAAACCAAAAGAUAUCUAUAGGUAUCAAGCAUAUAAACACCACUGGAGUGGCACUAGGUUGCCAGUUGUACUUGAAGUUGGACCAUGUUCUCUGGAGCAAUUGGAUCCUUCCACACAUACCUUGCUUGCUAGUUAUCCGUACUAUGAUAUUCAAGGCAUAUUGCCAGUUCGAGACAUUCCAGGAGGGUUUGUACUUGCCAUUGGAGGCUAUAGUCGUCUUCACCUAUUCUCCAAUGCUAUGGAGCAUCAAGUUAUUAUAGGCAAAAUGUUGGAGAUGGCUAAUUUAGUUCUCAAUAUCAGCAUUAAAGUGUUGACGGCUACAAUUACAGUUGAUGAUUACCACAACCAGAGAUUUGGAAAGUACAGUGGUGAUCAACAUCAGACAUCAUUAAGUGAAUUCACAGUGCACAAAGUAAAUCCAGCUCGCCAUAUGGAACCUAUGCGACGUACCUUAUGCCUUUCUGAUACAUGCAUACUUGAACGUGAUCCCCAGACCUACUCGGUCGUGUGUUUGCGUCCCUUGAGCGAUGUAUUCGCAUUAGUACGAGAUCCUGACCAUCCACAGAAGUUUGCGAUUGAAUAUCUUAAUGGACAGAUCCGUACUUAUUUGGCUGGAGAAAGAGACGCGUUGCUGGCUUCGCUGGUCGACGGGGUGCGUUCGACGGGGCAGCGCGACGUGCACGUCCGGUCGGGCCUAACGCCACGCGGCUACAGGCUGGGCCCGCUGCACCAGGCGGUCGACGAGGAGACCGAGUCCAACCACCUCAGAUUAUUCCAGAAUCAUGUCAUACUGAACAUGCCAAGAGCCGAAGUGAUAGAGCGUUUUAACGCCAACGUUGGAUACAGCGGCCUAAUCUACUCCGUCAGUCAAGACAGAUUGUUCGCGGAAAACAAGGAGAAACUUAUAACGGGGGCGUUGACUGCUUUAGUGAGCAGCGCGCCAUCUGGCGCCCAUCUCACGCCCCGCGAGUUGGAGGCGCAGUUCCACGCGCUAAGAAGGCUUUGCGCUAGCAAAGUCGGCUUUGCCGCAUUCACUGCUCUGCCCGGGUUCCGCGAGUGGGUGGGCAGCGCGGUGGUGAGCGCGCUGCGCCGCGACUCGGCGGCGUGCUCGCACGCGGCGCUGGACGCGGUGUGCGCGCUGAUGCAGCCCAUGCACGCGGAGCCGGACCUGCGCCAGGAGCAGCUCAACAAGGCGAGCAUGCUCUCGUCGCCCGCCUUCCUCGACGGGCUGCUCGCCAUGUGGGCCGAGCACGUGACCGCAGGCAGCGGCGCAUUGGUCGUUGCGGCGAUGUUGGACUUCUUGACGUUCGCUCUGUGCGUCCCGUACAGCGAAACGACAGACGGCAAGCAGUUCGAUCACUUGCUGGAAAUGGUCGCCAACAGAGGGCGCGUCGUCUUCAAACUAUUCGAGCACCCGUCGCUGGCGAUCGUAAAGGGCGCCGGGCUGGUGACGCGCGCGCUGGUCGAGGAGGGCGGCGGUGGCGUGGGCGCGCGGAUGCAGUCGCUCGCGCUCGCCGAGGCGGCCCUGCCGCGCCACCUGCUGGCCGCGCUCUACCAGCCCUCGGCGCCGCAGCCGGCGCGCCUGCACCUGCGCCACCUGGCGAGGCACCUCGUCGCCCUCUGGCUCGUCGACCACGCGCCCGCCCACGACCUGCUGCGCCGCAUCAUGCCAUCCGGUCUGCUGGCAUUCCUGGAGUCCACGGAGUCGCCGCCGGCUGCGGCGCUGCAGGAGCAGCAGGUGCAGGAGCGCGACAACCUGCAGCUGGCUCAGGCCACGCUCAAGCCGAGGGCGCCGCACUGGGAGGCGCUCGAGCGACAGGUCAAAUACGUGGAGAAGCACAUCGAACACUACGCUUCGCUGGCGAUGCAGCACUGGGCGCAGCGGGCGCGCGCGCUCGGCGCGGCCGGGGGCGCGGGGGCGGCGGGAGGGGGCGCCGUUGGUGCCGCGGCGGGGGCGGGGGCGGCGGGGGCGGGGGCGGAGAAGCGCGAGCGGCCAGUGGUGCUGCGGCGCCGACGCGAGCGCCUCAAGUCCACGGCGAACUGGCCCCUCUUCUACUACCAGUUCCACCGCGACCACGCGCUGCCCAACCUCAUAUGGAACCACACGACCCGCGAGGAGCUGAGGAACGCGCUGGAGAACGAGCUGCGCGCCUUCACGUCGGACCGCGAGGUGGCCGGCGGCACGCUCACCUCCUGGAACCACGCCGAGCUGGAGGUGCACUACCAGUGCCUGCAGAACGAGGUCAAGAUCGGGGACUACUACCUGAGGAUCCUGCUGGAGCAGCGGGACAACGACGACAGCCCCAUCCGGAAGUCAUACGAGUUUUUCAAUGAUCUCUAUCACCGAUUCCUAUCAACACCGAAGGUUGAAAUGAAAUGCAUGUGUCUCCAGGCCAUGACGAUAGUUUACGGUAGAUAUUACGAAGACAUCGGUCCCUUUGCAGAUACUAAAUAUAUUGUUCAAAUGUUAGAUAGGACCUGCGAUCGUAUGGAAAGAGAUAGACUAGUUCAGUUCCUAGCAAAAUUAAUAUUACACAAGAAGAAUGUUAGUGAAAUAUUGGAAUGGAAUGGUAUAAGGAUCCUGGUGGAGCUGAUGACCUUGGCGCACCUGCACACUUCGCGGGCCAUGGUGCCGGCGCAGAGCAACGUGCUGGAGGCGGCGCAGCCCGCCCAGCCCUCCGCCGACCGCGAGUGGUACUACAACCUCGAGAUGCCCGACAAGGUGCACCGCAAGGGGCCCGUCAGUCUGCAGCAGCUGAAGGAGCUGUACAAGUCGGGCGAGAUCACGAACAAGACGAAGUGCUGGGCGAACAGCAUGGAGGGGUGGCGCGCGGUGGGCGGCGUGCCGCAGCUCAAGUGGACGCUGGCGGCGCGCGGCGCGGCCGUGCUCGACGAGAGCGCGCUCGCCGCCACCGUGCUCGACCUGCUCGUCACCUGCGCCAGAUACUACCCCAGCAGAGACGAGGAAGACGCGGUGAUAAGACCUCUUCCGCGGGUUAAACGGAUACUAUCCGAGCCAUCUUGCUUGGCCCACGUGGUUCAACUAUUGUUGACUUUUGACCCAAUACUUGUGGAAAAGGUGGCAACACUUUUGUAUGAGGUCAUGCAAGACAACCCAGAGAUAUCGAAGCUUUAUUUAACGGGCGUUUUUUACUUUAUGCUACUAUAUACUGGCUCCAAUUUAUUGCCGAUCGCUAGAUUCCUGCGACUCACACAUAUGAAGCAAGCUUUCAGGGCCGAUCAGUCGAGCUCAGACAUAAUGCAGCGGUCGAUAUUGGGCCAGCUGCUGCCAGAGGCGAUGGUGUGCUACCUUGAGAACCACGGCGCGGAGAAGUUUGCCCAGAUAUUCCUCGGCGAGUGGGACACGCCCGAGGCUAUAUGGAACUCGGAGAUGAGGCGCAUGCUGAUAAUGAAGGUGUCGGCGCACAUCGGCGAGUUCACGCCGCGGCUGCGCGCGCACGUGGCGGCGCGCUACCCCUACCUGGCCAUCCCCGCCGUGCGCUACCCGCAGCUGCAGCACGAGCUCUUCUGCAACAUGUUCUACCUGCGCCACCUCUGCGACACGCAGCGCUUCCCCGACUGGCCGAUACCCGACCCGGUGCGCCUCCUGAAGGACGUGCUGGAGGCGUGGCGGCGCGAAGUGGAGAAGAAGGCGCCGUCCAUGACGGUGGCGGAGGCGUACGGCGCGCUGGGGCUGGACGCGGGCGCGCACGACGAGGCGGCCGUGCGCAAGGCCUACUACCGCCUCGCGCACCAGUUCCACCCCGACAAGAACCCCGACGGGCGGGAUCGAUUCGAAGCGGUCAACCAGGCUUACGAGUUCCUUUGCAGUAGAAACGUGUGGACCGGCGACGGACCAAACACCAAUAACAUCGUGCUUAUACUGCGGACGCAGACCAUACUUUUCCAGAGAUAUUCUGAGGUGCUGGCGCCGUACAAGUACGCGGGCUACCCGCAGCUGCUGAGCACCGCUCGGCUGGAGGUGGACGCGGAGCAGCUGUUCGCGGGCGGGGAGGCGGGCCUGCUGCCGGCCGCCUGCCAGCUGGCGCACGCCACGGUGCGCUGCUCCGCCCUCAACGCGGAGGAGCUGCGCCGGGAGGGCGGCCUAGAGGUCAGCGACCCCAUCGCGCUCUGCAUGCUGAGCGGUCUCAGCGGCCGGCCUGAAUAUUAUGUCCCGCCCCCUCUGUCGGUUAUCGACCCCACUGUGCUGGGCGCGGCGCUCGCUCGCUGCGCGGCCGUGCUGGGCGGGGACUCGAGCGGCGCGGCGGCGGCGGUGUGCGCGCACUGCGCCCGCUGCUUCGCCGUGGCGGCCGCCUUCCCCGCGUGCCGCGACGCCUGCGCCGCCAUGCCGGCGCUCGCCAACGACCUCGUGCCGCUGCUCAGGCGACCGAGUUUCCCGGCGAGUCCAAUUAAAGGCGGUCCAUUGCAGAAGCUGUGCGAGGCGGCGUGCGCGGGCGCGGAGGCGGUGGCCGCGCUGGCAGCGGAGGCGCGCUGCAGGCAGGCGCUGGCAAGGGCGGGCGCGUUGCACGCGCUGUUGCCGCCCGCGCUGCGCUACGACUACACGCUCACCGAGUCCGGCGUCGACACCGACGGCGAGAACAAGCAGGUGGAGGCGAAUCGUCUGGCCGAGGAGUGCUCGAGGGCUCUGAGCGCGAUGUACGGUCCGCACGAGGAGACGUCGCCCGUGGACGAGUACAUUCGCGACGCGCUGCACGCGCUUCUAACGCCGUACCUCUGCGCGCGACUGUCCCUCUCCGAUAGGCACGAGCUGCUGAAGACGCUGACCUCGAACUGGCGAACGCCCUACUUGGUGUGGGACAACAGCACUCGCGCCGAACUGUUAGAGCUGCUGGAGGGGUGGCGGACGCUGGAGGAGGGCGAGCCGCUGGUGCCCCCCCACUUCGCCUACUCCGCCCACGAGGGCCUGCUGCCGGUGGGAGACGUCUAUCUGGACAUCUACAACGAGCAGCCCGACUUCCCCAUCGAGAACCCUCAGCAGUUUGUGUUGGACCUGUUGAAAUUCAUUCAAGAACAAACACAAAACGAUAUGACGGAUGAGAGAGUCGAACACAUAACGUUAGCACUGAACGCCCUAGCAAAUGUCAUCAUUAAGAAUCCAGGCGCGGAGAUCCAGUGCAUCGGCUCGUUCGGGCUGAUCUUCGGGCUGGUGUCGGGGCGCGGGUGGGGCGCGCUGCGGGCGGCGGCGCUGCGGGCGGCGCGCGCGGCCGCCGGCGUGCCCGCGCUCGCCGCGCUGCUCGCCAGCACGGCGCUCGUGCGCGAGGCGCUCGCCAAAGGUGAGUACGCUCUUCCCUUUCUCACCGCUCUCUCGCUCGCUCGCACACCCGACGCUCGUGCGGGAGACGCCUGCCAAGGGAUACGCACGCUCUUCCCUUUCUUACCGCUCUCUCGCUCGCUCGCGUACAUGACGCUCGUGCGGGAGACGCUCGCCAACGGUGCGUCGCCAACGGUGCGUACCCUCUCUCCCGCUCGCUCGCACUCCCGACGCUCGUGCGGGAGACGCCUGCCAAGGGUCUGUACGCUCUCCGCUCUCUCGCUCGCUCGCACACCCGACGAUUGUGUGGGAGACGCCUGCCAAGGGUCUGUAAGCCCUACCUUCUCCCCUCUCUUUCGCUUGCUCACGACACACACGGUGCUCGCCAAGGAUGGUGCACGCUUUCCCUUCUCUUUCCUCUCUCUCCCCCCGCUCUUUCGCUCGCUCCCCAACACCGCCCUCGUGCGCGAGGCGCUAGCCAGGGGUGCCGUUAUAUACCUCUUAGAUCUGUUCUGCAACUGUAAAAUACCCGAGACAAGGGAGGCCGCGGCAGAGUUGCUGUCUCGGAUGAUGGCGGACAAGUUGCACGGUCCCAAGGUGCGGCUGACCGUGUGCCGGUACGUGCCGGGCGUGUUCGCGGACGCGGUGCGCGAGUCGUGCGCGGGCGCGCUGCAGGCGUUCGACGGCGCGCACGAGCACCCCGAGCUCGUGUGGGGCGACGAGCCGCGCGCGCGCGUCCGGGCGCACCUCGCCAGCCUCAGGGACAGGCAUAUGGCAAACCAGCUGCGCGACCCGAACAUAUUGUUCGAGGAUCGGGAGACGCUGGAGAGGGCCGCGAAUGGGGAGGAGGUGUGGGCACCGCCCGGGGAGGUGGUGGUCGGCGGCGUGUACCUCAAGCUGUACCUACAGAACCCGCACUGGAGCCUAAGGAGCCCCAAGAAGUUCCUCCAGGAGCUACUCACCGAAACGCUCACCGCACUCGGCAAGGACUCCUCGGAAGGCAGCCGCGGCGAGGUGUGCGCCCGUGCGCUGGCCGCGUUGCUGCGCGCGAAGCCGGCGCUGGGCGAGGCGUGCGCGCAGCUGGGCGAGAUGCCGCGCCUGGCGCGGCUGCUGCCCACCUGCCCGCGCCUCGCCGUGCCCGUGCUGGCGGCCCUGGCCGACACCCAGGCGUGCGUGGUGGCGUUCACGCAAACGGACGUGAUGGCGGGCCUGAAGACCGCCGUGAAAACGUGCCGAGAAAUCAUCGGCAGCGCUUGCGAAGCGCUGGCAACCAUUUUCAGCAACAGCAACGCCAACACGGAUAAACUGGUGUUACAGGCGCUGGAGAGCGAGCUGGUGGGCGAGCUGCUGUCCGCGCUGGAGGGCCGGCUGGAGGGGCAGGCGGCGGCGCAGCUGGUGAACGCGCUCAAGGGCAUGGCCCGCUCGGCGGCGCACGGCGAGCGCGUGCGCUCGCUGCUGGCGCGCAGCCGCGUCUGGGAGCAGUACGCGGCGCAGCGGCACGACCUCUUCAUCUCCUCCGUGCCGCACCACCACGCGCUCGCCGCGCCCCACGCAGCGGGCUACCUGACGGCGCCCCCUUCAAACAUACCGGCUCAGCCGCCGCCUAUCGAU